UUCAAAAUCAGACGCAUGGGUGUGUUAUGUAAUUGAACAAGUAAAAAAACAAUUAUCGAAGCCUAGUAAAAUUUGAUGCCCUGUAAUAAACUUUAAAGUUUUAUCGGAUUGUUUUAAUAAAAUGUUUUAAUUUUUUAUUUUUUUAUUGGCUUGUUGGAACUUUUUUUUGUGGUCUUUUUUUGGCCAGGCGGGAACUCAGGGACAUUGGGCCAGAGAAUGCGAAAGUUUUUGAUGCUUCUACCCGUUUAAAAUUCACCAUUAGGUCUUAUGCGGGUGGAAAAACACACUUUUUAAAUGAAAACGAAACUCCUUGGAUAGGGAAAAAGUUUUCCUCCUUAGCAUCACUCGAAUUAUGACGAGCAUCAAGGAUGAACGGGAGGAUUCUGACGGAGAUGAAAUGGAUCAUGACUCUGGCGAUUCAGACAAAUCCAGUUCAACUUCGGACAGCAGCGAUGCUUCCGAUUCCGAUGACAGUUCUGAAAUGGAUGAGGAAGAAUGCGAAAGGAGGAGAAAUGAAUGCAUGGAAACACUGGCAGAAUUGGAACGGCAAUUUAUCUCCUUAAGAGAACAGCUGUACAGGGAGAGAAUUGCUCAAAUAAAAACCAAGCUGGAAGAAGUUCAUGAAGGGACUGCCAAAGAGUAUACCGAGCCUUUGCAAGAGCUGCAGGACAAUAUGCGCAUUCGCAUUGAAGUUGCUGGGAUAUUAAAGAAACUGAGGCUUGAAAACAUAGAAAACGGUUUCAAAGCCGAAGAACAGGCCGCUCGUCAAAAUUUCGAGAAUGAAAAGAGCCUUCUUUUCGACACGUUGAAGGAAGAAAUUGAAGAGAAAAUAAGAAGGUUAGAAGACGAUAGGAACAACGUCGACCUUCAACAAGACAUAUACACUUCGACGGAUAAAAACAGCCGGAGUGGGAAGAACGGUGGAAGGGUUUGGAAGAGGGGCAACAAGGACGCUGACUCUACCAGGAGGAAACCCGUCACCGUCAAUGGACCUUACAUUGUGUACAUGUUAAGUGAAGCAGAUAUUCUCGAAGACUGGGCCAUUAUUAAAAAAGCUUUAUCUAACACUAAACGAAGCGCCGUCGAACGCAAGUAUUAGUGAGUAGAUAAAGUUAAACCUGUAUAUAUGUUGAUACAUUUUGUUUGAAUGUUUUGUCUUAUUACUUUUUUUUUGUGCACAAAUUGACAAAUCAUAGAUUGAAUUUGUGCGCUUUUCUUCUUAUUUUUUUGUACAUCCAACAAAUAACUUAUAACAUUUACUUGCUUUGGUUUUAAACUCGAUUUUGUAAUUUAAAAAAAUUGUUAUUUUUAUACAGGUUUUAUAAAUGACAAA